AACAUUCCCGUGCUCUCAUCAUCGCUUUCCACCCACUUUCACGCCGACUCCGCCCCGCUGUUCCCUGAUGUGCCCAGCGGUGCGCAGACAGCGCAAAGGUGCCCCCGCGGACGGUGUUGACGUUUCGCCCUUUACCCCUCAUUUACCAAUUGUUUUUUCUUUUUGAUUCAGGAUUUUCUCUUCCCUCUAUUUCCGUGUUGUAUGCUGUAGAGUACAUUGUUAGAAGUUUUUUGGGUGUUUUUGUUUACUCGCGUACAGGAGGACUGAGGGAGUUGACUCGCUUCCAGAUGGAAUAAACGCUCAGACGCUCGAGGAUAACAUGACGUUCACCGGGCAGUUUUUAGCCUUCUGGACAUACACCGCCAUGGUGAUGGCAGUUUACUGUAAAGCAGAUCGGUAUCCUCCACCGACAGGGCUGUCGUACGAGUGGCUCGACAAAUUUACCGUGACCAUGUCCUGGAAGAGGCCCAGUGUUCUGCCAGAAGACGAAGAGAUUGAAUUCCUGAUGAAGAAUACAGACAAUGAUCCUGGGACGUGCGUGAGCGGGACAAAUUUCACACAAAUGUUUCUGACCGAAGAGAUGUGUUCUGCUCGUUGGACAUACAAAAUCUGGACUGUCAGUAAAUCCUGUAAACGUCCCACUGAGAGCAACCCUGCGACCAUAACCAUUGAUACCCCUAAGCCCCGAGCUGAAGUGGUGAAGGACUUCUUGUGUGUCGUCUACGCCCAUGAAAUGAACUGUUCCUGGAUCCCAGCAAAUCGCUCUCUAAACCUGACACUGUCUUAUAGGACUUGUGGAUAUUCGGAGGAAAGUGUAAGAGGUUUAAAAAAGUGUGAUCAGCCUUACAGCAGUGGAGAGAGGAAUGGUUGCAACCUGCACAUUGAUACUAGCCUUGAUGACUUCUGCAUCCUUGUGGAGACUGAAGCUGGAAUGAGCACCUUUAAACCUGUACUAGUGGUACCUCCACCAGUGCUGAGCGUCAGAGAAGAAGGAGAUUACCUCCAACUGAGCAUGAUGCCUCAAGAGGUCGGAAACAGUGAAUGCUGGAUAUACACAGUCUGCUAUAGCCAAUGCAAUGAGUUCAGGGGAUGCUACAACACAAGUAGGGGAGAGACUACGAUGAAGGUGCUGUACAAUAAAAGCUGCCGUUAUGAGUUCCAAUCCAACGUCACGACUGCUAAAGAUUGCAUCAGAAUAUUCAGCAACCUCAGUGAAGCUGUACCUUAUGGUAGCAAUGUUCUUCCUGAUGGGAAACUGACCGUGGUUGCCAUCGUCAUCCCCGUCAUUCUGUCCAUCUGCGUCAUUCUGUCCUGCUACUGCUUCAGGAGGCACGUCAGCAUUAUUUGCCCGAUCAUACCAGAUCCUUCAGCAAUAUUCAAGGAAAUGAUGAUGAACGGAAACAAAGAACUGAAGACCACAGCGGGAAGUCUGUACACGCCGGUGCCAGAACUCAUUGAACCCUGCAAAAUUACGCUUGUCACCGAAAACAGCGUCCUCAAGCAAAACUCCUGACAUGUUCACCUCCGGCGAAGCUGGACUUCCACGCUGGGCAAAUUCAGCAGGAUUAUUUUACACUGAAAAACUUUGUUUCACUUGUGGUUGAAAGUUCCAGGUCAAUUGCACAUUUGACAGGUGUGGUCAGGAGUGAGCCCUGUCGCACCUUUACUGUACUGACCUGAGAACAAUUCUGUAUUGCUGCUGCCAGGUGAGACUUUCAGCCACCAGAGGGCGGUGAAAACAAGACUGAUUUUUCCCUGUAUCUGCUGUACACGUCAAAGAGAUCACAAGAGAAUAAGAGAUCACAAGAGAAUAAGAGAUUUAGGUCUUGGCACAGCAAGAGUCUGUUUUGUAGGAUUGACAGGCAGAUGCCCUAUGACUGCCAUCGUGGCAGCUAGACAAUAGGAAGGAAGCAGUAACAUAAAUGGCGGGGAGGCACGUACUUCUUGCCGCUGAGUGAUCCCAAGACAGCACAGGAAGCCAAGAGCUGCAGUGGCUCUCCUCCCCCACACACGUAUUCAUCCCCAAAUUAGGAAAAGGUCCAGUGUGCACGGAUACAAACACUUAUAAGAGACACAUGGGGUGAGUGCAUGGCUGUCAGUGGUUAGUGUCCAACACAGAAAGCGACUUCAUUAUGUAAAAUUUAAUGAAGAGGUAUGGCUGCGGUGAAAUUCUGAAUGUUCAACCCAGUUCAUUUGUUAACCCUUUAUUAGUGCAUGUUAAAAGGAAUUACGCUUCUUGUCAAUCAGGAAAUGAAGUGACCUGCAUGAACUUUGCUGGCAGACACUGGUGACUGUCACUCUCUGUCUUGUAUAUUUUGGAUGGAAUGACAAUUUUCUUACAAGAGUUAAUCUGACGUGUCUCUUUAACAUCUCACCUGUGGUGCUGAGAAGCAUUUUAAACUUUGUAUACAACUUGAGAACAGUGACGGAGAAUUCUGCAGACGCCUGAGCAGACACGACGCUGAUUGCAACUUGGACAUCAGUGGUUUGAGUGUGUGCAAUCGUCUGUGUGCUUUCUCAUUCACCAACACGCCCAAAGCCAGAAGCCAUUUUAUCAUUAUUCACACACUUCCUUCCUUUAACUGAGGGCGUUUCAUUUACCAGCUGUAUUUGUUGGUUGAUAGAUUGAUUUUUUUCUGCUUUAAUAGGGAAUAAAGGAAGAGACAGUG